AUGGCGAAGGGGCUCCGCAGCAAGAGCAAGCGCAGAUACCGCGCGGUGAAGCGGCAAUGCGUUGCACAGACCGUCGAGAGAGACAGGCUUGACUGCGUCAGCGCACGCCUGCAGCUCCUGCAGGAGGGAAACGACCUGGUUGAUCUAGAUAUCCGUCCGCCGAAUGCUUUCCUUCACCCAGACACAGAGGGCGCUGUUUUCCCGCAAAAACUCCCCGGGCCCCCUCCGCUCGACUUCCGCUGCGAAAAAGUCGGACUCUUGGCUGGUCUGGCGAGCACGCACAAUCGGCGCAAAUACACUCAGGAGGAAGAAGAGGAUUUUAUGCGGGCCUACGACAAUCUCCCAGGCAAGACAAACGACCCACGCACGCACUCACUGCGGAAGCAGGUGUUUGAAGAGCGCCAGGAGGGCGGCAUGAACGACGAGGCGGAUUCGCCCUCGCACGAUGAGGCGAUGGACGGCGAGAACGGAGAGGACGCACCGGCCUUCUCAGGCGCCUUUGGCGUCCCAAGCAGCAUGAUGCUCACCGACGACAUGCGCGCGAUGAUGGAGAAGCGUCGCAAGGCAGAGACCUCGAAGAUCCCCGUCAAAGUCAACCUCCUCGCCUCCAAGAAGAAGGCCGAGGCAAUUGCCGCGCGGAAGCGCGUCGGAACCAAACAGGGAAACAAACAGAGAAAAUAA